AUAAGCACUCAACUUAAACCAAAUCACAAGCAAGGAAAUGGAUCCGAGCUUCAUCGGAACUACUCCUGCUACGGCGGAGAACCACCACCACACUUCCAUUUGUGCUGACACCAUGGAGUUGGACGAAAUGUUGGAUAACUUGCUUCAGCGUGAUCUUAGUGAGUUCGACUUCAACCUCUUUGACAUUCCAUUACCGCUUUCUUCACAGCAGCCGGUAACAGGUGGGAUGCCUAUUGAUCCGGUUCCUGCACCUGCACAGCCGCCACAGUUUCAGAGCUUCUCUGAGGUAUCUGAUAAUGUCAAUUUGAUAAAAACUAACAGUGCCCUAGCUGCAUAUGGCAGAAACCACGGUGGCGAGACUGUAUUAGGCCACCCUGUUUGUCUUGGCAGCGGGUCCUCAGCACCAUCGUCUUAUAAGAAGAGGACGGUUAUACCCCCAGAAGAGCUUGCGGAACUUGAAAUUUCUGAUCCCAAAAAAGCACAGAGGAUCAUUGCUAAUAGGGUUUCUGCUCAAAAAUCCAAGGAGAAGAAAAGGAAAUAUGAAAAAGAGUUGAAAAAAAGAGUUGAGUUACUUAAAAUUAAAGCUGAUAACGUAACUGCUGAGCGCUUGACCGCGAUGAAUGAAGCUAUGCAAUUAGCUGCUGAGCACAAGAGGAUCAAAGACCUGAUACAGUCUACUUUACAGCAUCAAGAAAAGCAAAGAGCUGUCAUUAAAUUGAUGAAGGAUCAAGCAAAUAUCCUUGAGAUGCAAAUUCAUGAAAUGAAUACAGCAAUGGCUGAUUUAUCUUUUGGUGAACCAGUCUCUCAAUCCCAGCAAGAACUCUACACACCGCCGCAGCCGCCUCUAGUUCCUCCUCCACAAUCUCCCUUUGGCGACCCUUUACUUCCUUCCCCACCAUCUUCCUUUGGCGAGGCGUUAGCUCCUCCUCCGCUGUCUUCCUUUGGCGAGCCGUUCGCUCCUCCUCUGCUAUCUCCCUUUGGCGAGGCAUUAGUUCCUCUGUCAUCUCCCUUUGGGGAGCCUUUUCGUGAUCAUUUUAUUGGCACCAACUUUUCAAACUACAGUCCAUGGAACUAGUAUAUUUUUAGGGGUGGGGUAAUCAUCACCAGUAACAUUUGUGUAUUGGCAUAUAUAUGUACCGGUGAAGCUUGUGAAAGACA